AUGAAGCUUGAGAUAUCGGCGUUGGAGCAUAGCUGCUUUGAAGCUAAGAAAAUACAGGAAGAAGAAACUGCUGAAGAAAAUACUAGGAUGAGUUUGUUAAUUCAAGAUCUUGAGCUGUUCAAUGUUUGGGAUGCAAAGAAAACUGCUGAAUUUUCCGAAAUGGAAAAUAAGGAACUUAGGAAGAAGCUUGAUACACAUCGGAGACAAAUACUAGGGUAUUCUGAAGCACUUCAAGAAGAACUGAAAGAGGAAAAGUUGAAGGCAAACGAAGAAGCGGAGGAUCUAGCUCAAGAAAUGGCUGAGUUCAGUCUGUUCAGAUAUACCGAUCGAAUGACAGGUUUGCUUGAAGAAGAGUGUAAGCAUCGUGCUUGCAUCGAGCAAGCAUCGUUACACAGAAUUGCUGAGUUAGAAGCACAGAACGGACCAAAUCCAUUGCCGCUCUCCGACAUCUUCAUGAACGCCGAAGGUAGUAGCAUUCCCCGUAUUACAUGGUUAAUAUUCCAGCGUCAGUUCUCACUCUUAUGGCUGUGGAUCGAUCGAAGGAUUGUACAACGAUAG